CGAGAGAAGGGGGAUAAAAAAAAAUGGAGGAAAAGCAAGUGAAGAAGAGAAGGAUAGUGUUAAUUCCAGUUCCAGCUCAAGGUCAUGUAACUCCGAUUAUGCAACUUGGAAAAGCUCUUUACUUGAAGGGAUUCUCCAUAACCGUUGUUCAGACACAAUAUAAUCGAGUUAGCUCUUCCCAAGACUUCUCUGAUUUUCAUUUCCUCACCAUCCCAGAUAGCUUAACUGACUCUGAUCUCCACAGCCUUGGAGCACUCCCGUUUAUUCUCAAACUCAAUCAGGUCUGCGAGGAAAGCUUCAAGCACUGUUUCAGUAAACUAGUGCAGGAACAAGGUGAUGAUGAAAUUGUGUGUGUCGUCUAUGAUGAGUACAUGUACUUUUCCCAAGCUGCAGCUAUGGCGUUUCAAAUUCCUAGUGUCGUCUUCAGCACGACAAGUGCUACUGCCUUUGUCUGCCGCUCUGUUUUGUCUAAAGUCAAUGCAGAGUCGUUCUUGCUCGACAUGAAAGAUUCUCAAACGCAAGAGAAGGUGUUUCCAGGGUUGGAUCCUCUAAGGUACAAGGACUUGCCAACUUCAGCAUUUGGGCCAUUAGAAAGUAUUAUCAAGCUCUAUUAUAAUGCUGUAAACAUUCAAACAGCUUCUGCUGUUAUCAUCAACUCAGCUAGCUGUCUAGAGAGCUCGUCUUUGGCAUGGCUGCAACAAAAACUACAAGUUCCAGUGUAUCCUAUUGGCCCACUUCACAGGGCAGCGUCAGCGUCUUCUAGUUUACUAGAAGAGGACAGGAGCUGCAUUAAGUGGUUGGACAAGCAGAAACCAAGCUCAGUGAUUUACAUAAGCUUGGGAAGCUUGGCUCUAAUGCAAAUUAAAGACAUGUUGGAGAUGGCUUGGGGAUUGAGUAACAGCAACGUACCUUUCUUAUGGGUAAUCCGACCAGGUUCUAUUCCCGGGUCGGAAUGGACAGAAUCCUUACCAGAGGAAUUCCAUAAGUUGAUUUCAGAAAGGGGUUACAUUGUAAAAUGGGCACCACAGAUGGAAGUUCUCAGACAUCCUGCAGUAGGAGGUUUUUGGAGUCACUGUGGAUGGAACUCGACGCUAGAGAGCAUCGGGGAAGGAGUUCCGAUGAUCUGUAGGCCUUUUACCGGCGAUCAGAGGGUUAACGCGAGGUACUUAGAGAGUGUAUGGAGAAUUGGGGUUUUAUUGGAGGGAGAACUGGAUAAAAGAGCUGUGGAAAGCUCUGUUAAGAGGUUGACUGUGGAUGAGGAAGGGGCAGAUAUGAGAAAGAGAGCCAUUGAGUUGAAAGAGAAGCUCGAAGCCUCUGCCAGAAAUGGAGGUUCCUCAUACAGCUCAUUAGACAACUUUGUCAAUUCGUUGACGACACCGUGAAGAUGAGAUAGUCUCUGUCCAAAGUCAAAAAGUGUAUCAGAAGAGAUUCACUAAAAGGACGUGUAAACAUUUUUUUCAGUGUAAUUUUUGUCAGUUGUCUCUAAAUAGAAGAAAAUCUGCAUUUGGAGACAAAAGCAUUGUUUUGAGUUACUCUCUCGAACAGGAAAGAGAUAACAUCUUGAUCUUAUGCAUUACAGUUUCUGAGACCAA